CCCAACGUGCCGCGCGCCGCCGUUCACACCGUUAGAGGCGAGGCAUGGCAGGCUAGGUGAUAAUGCAAGGCACAGCCGUUUGAACAGGGGCUCAUUCUGGUGCAUUUCGAUUCCAGAAUCUGAGGCUCAAACGGAGACUGCGACGAUUGAGUUUUGUUUAGCGCUGUUACUGCACACAAUCACAUCUGAAAAGGCCAUCUUGGCGACCAAAGAGGCAAACAAAAAGCACACGAUAAUCGGUCUAUUCCGUUGGGUCAUGGUCUUGAAAUUGAAGAAAAAAGGACGAUUUGGAUUGGCCGAAUGCUAG